AUGCCCUCUAGAAGCAUUAACACUGAAAAGGCAUUUGAAAGCAUAAACAGUGACACGUCGAGUGCAGAUCCGAGUGUCGCGUCAGUGGUUUCGACGAAAUGGGGGUCGAUGAUCCUGGAAAUCCAAGGUGAAUUGAAUUUGCCUGAUUCCAAACCAAAGACCCUUAGUCAAAAGGAACAAGAUCUGUUCACCACAGUCGCGAUCCCGCAACUUGUGGCCAACGGACAAGAAAUCACCAAAGACGCAGUCAAGUUUGGCAAGCUCGAAAUCGAACAGGACAUGAAGAAAGCCACGUUGUAUAUCAGCACAUCGCAAAGACUUGUCGGAAACGUAGAGUCUGUGGACCCACCGCUUGGAGUGCUAAAGCUGGAUUCUAAUAACAACGGCCAGUGCGAGAUCGUGGACGUGAUUAGCAAGAAAGUCGUGUUCAAAGUCAGACCGCUUCCGAUCAUGUGA